GGAUUCCCCAUAAACAAAACUAUAGUGGUCCUGCACGCAGCUACCUGACAGUUACCCACACGGACCUAACGAACCAUCAUUCAAUAUCUGAACCAUGGGGCCGACAGGUGAGGCAGUGAAUGGCAGCCAGGUGCCGGUCUGCUCCGAGAACCAUCUGCGUUGGGACUUGAGCACGGAGCAGAUCCAGCAGCUUACCGACGAGCUUAUUGCCAACACCAAGAAGGUGUACGAUGGCGUGGGAGCGCUGGACCUCGACAGCGUCACCUUUGAGAACACACUGAAGGCCCUUGCUGACGUGGAGGUUGAGUACACCGUCCAGAGGAACAUGUUGGACUUCCCGCAGCACGUCUCUUCCUGUAAGGAAGUCCGAACAGCGAGCACCGAGGCUGACAAGCGUCUGUCUGAGUUCGACGUGGAGAUGAGCAUGAGGGAGGACGUGUACCUGAGGAUUGUCGCUCUGGAGAAGAAGGUGGAGGCCAGCAGCCUUACUGCAGAGUCCAAGCGUUACAUGGAGCGUCUGGUCAAACUGGGGAGGAGGAACGGUCUCCACCUGCCCAAAGAGAAACAGGAGGAGAUCAUGACCAUCAAAAAGAAGCUGAGCAACCUGUGCAUCGAUUUCAACAAGAACCUGAACGAGGACACCACCAGUCUCUCUUUUACCAGAGACGAGCUGGGCGGCCUCCCAGAGGACUUCCUCAGCUCUCUCGAGAAGGACGGAGAGAAGCUGAAGGUCACCCUCAAGUAUCCUCAUUACUUUCCAACCAUGAAGAAAUGCUACGUCCCAGAAACCCGCAGGAAGCUGGAGGAGGCCUUUAACUCCCGCUGCAAGGAGGAGAACUCUGCCAUCCUGAAGGAGCUGGUGGAGCUCCGGGCUCAGAAAAGCUCUGUGCUCGGCUUCACCACGCAUGCUGACUUUGUCCUGGAGAUGAACAUGGCGAAAACUGGGAAGAAGGUGGCCGGCUUCCUCGAGGAUCUAGCUCGUAAGCUGAAGCCUCUGGGUAUUGAGGAGCGAGCAGUCAUCCUGAAACUGAAGGAGAAGGAGUGUCAGAAGAGAGGUCUGCCUUUCACCGGAGAGCUGCACGCCUGGGACACGCGCUACUUCAUGACCCAGGUGGAGGAGACUCAAUACGCAGUGGAUCAGAACCUGCUGAAGGAGUACUUCCCCAUGGAGGUGGUGACUCAGGGUCUACUGGACAUCUACCAGGAGCUGCUGGGUCUGACCUUUGAGCUGGUGGGGGGGGCGGUUGUGUGGCACCCGGAUGUCACUCUGUACUGUGUGAAGGACCGCAGCAGUGGGCAGGUGGUGGGGCAGUUCUACCUGGACCUCCACCCCAGGGAGGGGAAGUACGGUCACGCUGCGUGCUUCGGCCUGCAGCCCGGCUGCCUCCUACCUGACGGCAGGCGUCAGAUGUCGGUUGCGGCCAUGGUGGCCAACUUCAGCAAGCCGACGGCUGACACCCCGUCUCUCCUGCAGCACGACGAGGUGGAGACGUAUUUCCACGAGUUCGGACACGUCAUGCACCAACUCUGCGCUGAGUCGGACUACGCCAUGUUCAGCGGGACUCAUGUGGAGCGGGACUUCGUGGAGGCACCAUCUCAGAUGUUAGAGAACUGGGUGUGGGAGAGAGAGCCUCUGCAGAGGAUGUCCAAGCACUACAAGACCAACAGUGCAAUCCCAGAGGAACUGCUCGACAAACUCAUCAAGUCUCGCCUUGCCAACACCGGUCUGUUUAACCUGAGGCAAAUCGUCCUGGCUAAAGUGGAUCAGGCUCUGCACACUAGGAACGGACUGGACGCUGCAGAGGAAUACGCACGCCUCUCUCAGGACAUCCUUGGAAUCCCUGCUUCACCAGAAACCAACAUGCCGGCGACCUUUGGGCACCUGGCCGGCGGCUACGAUGCUCAGUACUACGGUUACCUUUGGAGCGAGGUGUUUUCCAUGGACAUGUUCUUCGCACGCUUCAAACAAGAUGGAAUCAUGAAUCCGAAGGUUGGUAUGGACUACAGGAAGUACAUCCUGCGACCUGGCGGCUCAGAGGACGCCUCCGAGAUGUUGAGGAAGUUCCUCGGGCGGGAACCGAAACAGGAAGCGUUCCUGCUGAGUAAAGGAUUGACCGUGGAGCAGGACGCCAGCACGCCGUGUCCCUGCUGACCAAUCACAGCGUUUCAGAGAACAACGGACUGAUGACUGAGGUUUUCUAAAAAAAUUGUGCAAAGUUUUCUACAUGUAGGAAAAAUAGCAUUAAUAAAAUGAUUUGAGGUGA